AUGCCUGCUGCAAAUUUUGCUAACUCUUCUACUCUUGUCAGUGGAGUACCAUCGAUGACUCUACAUAAUGCUGCAACGGCUGUUCAAAGUGGUCCCUAUACAAAAGCACAAUUUCAAAGUACAAUGGAAGGUUCUCGAACAAUAAAAAGUUCUAAAGACGUUGAAUAUAUUCUUCGUGAGUAUCCAGCUGCAUUAGAACUUUAUCGAACAGGAAAAUAUAAAGUUAAAGUUAAAUGUGAAGCUAAUGUUGAACGUGUUAUUCUUGUUGAAAAAAAAGUAACCAAAACGACAACAAAUGAUUCAACAACAACAACAACAACAAAUAAUAAUAAUCAAGAUAAUAAUCAAACUGUUGUUGAUGUUUCGAAUAAAUCUGAUGAAAAUAAAGAAGUUAAACAUGAACAAAAUUCACGACCAACACCUAGUCGUACACAAUCACAAGAAUGUGUUGCACGAACAACAUCAGUAACAAAUGGUAAUAAUAUUGUUCAUGCAACAAUAUCAUCAACUUGUAUAACAAAUACUAAUCAACCUAAAGUUGAUCAUCAACGAACACCAUCCAACGAACGUGAAAUUUCUGUAGCAUCUCAUAAAAAAAAGUCUUCUCAUCAUCGUUAUCAUUCAGGUGAUAUUCAACAUAAAGAAUCCAAUCACAAAUAUCAAGGAGAUAAAAUCAAUCGAGAUUAUCCAAAGGUUAUGAUGCCUUAUGUUCCACAAGUUAUUAAACCUGGAAAUCAAUGGCAACAACCACGAUUUCCACACCCAUAUUACAGCAAUCCUGCAUUACAUCAACAUCAACAACAACAACAACAGCAACAGGGAUCAAACUCACAUCUGCCGGUAUCAUAUCUACCACAGCAAAAUCCACGAUAUCAACCACCGUAUUACUAUCGUCAACGACCAACUACUCCAAUCAACAUUCAUCCACAGCAAGCUUCUUAUUCAUUAUUACCAACACCAGUAAUUCGUAAGCCAAAUCUUCAUUCAAUGAAUCACUAUCCAACAUCAACUCGAUCCGUAACUAAUAUCAUGGGAGCUCCACCAACUAUUCGUACAUUUCAUUCCAACCAACAACAACAACAACUUUCAUCUCUUCGCCAAAUAUAUCAACCACAAAGACCAUUGCCUAUGAAUAAUUCACGGCCUAAUAUGGCAAAUGAACCAUUGCGUAAUGUCAUGAAUAAUAGCAAUUCUUAUAUCGAACAACAAAGGGGUGCAAGAAAUCGGACACAUAGUGUUGAUGUAAGUGCUCGUAACAAAUUACCAGUUCAUAUAUCUAAUCUUCCACAAAAAACUGGUACACCCACUGUUGAACAGUAUCAUCAUCAUCAUCAUCGUCGUCAUCACCAUCGACCUCAUCCAAUAAAUAAUGUUGAAAAUGGCAAAGAACAAAAUAUUACAUCUAAAGAACAAACAAGUACAGUUGCUGUUGAAAAAUUAACCGUUCGUCAACUUAAUGACACAUUUAAUCGAAUUGAUCCAUCAGGUCGAGUACCAUAUACUUUAUUACCUGAAAUUUUACAACGUUACGGUAUAAUAUUAUCUGAUAAUGAUAUAACUUCAGCUGCAAAAGAUCUUGAAUACAAUCUUAACGAACCAAUAUCUCCUCGACGUCUUAUACAUGUUCUGAUCAAAUUAGGUAAAAUAACAAAAUCAAAUCAACAACAGCAACAGCAACAACAACAACAACAACGUCAACCUGUUUCACCAUCAAUAUUACCUGAAGAUCGUGAAGUUACGGAUAUAAUGACACAACGUAACGUAACCAAUACUCUUAUACAUUCAUCAAAUCAACUUAAUCAAUAA